AUGAGAAAGGAAGGCAAAAUUGUCUUUUUCUCCGAGACAUAUGUUCGCGCUCGAGAAGGGACUGUAGACUCUUACUCUGCAGAGGUUCUCUACCGUCGACUAUUCAAGCCACUGGAAAGCAAGUGGGCCGAAAUGCUCUCAUCUGAGCCGCUCGAGAAGCAGGAGAAGAGGAAGCAGCUUGCAGAUGUAGUUCAGUGGGAUCCUGAGGUGCUCUGUGAUAUGAUGCAUACUAGUGCUCAGCCUCGAAUUCGGCUCGACAGCAAUAAACGAGUGUAUCGGCUUCAGCGAAUAGCAACUGCAUACAGUCAUUCUGGAUGCGCGUCUCUCGACCUCGUUGCAGCGGUGCUCCGCCAAGGAUCUUUCAUUGAAAAGAUGGUUCAAAUGGGGUGGACCAGUCCAGGUCAAUGGAAUCUCACCGAGGAUCUCGCUCCACUUGUUCGCUCCAUUGCAAGAUAUCACGCAUUCUUAGACUUGAUGUCCGCUAAUACCUGGUCGCUUCUAGUGCCUACACUGGACAUUCUCAAAGGACGAUCCUAUCGACAGAAUACGACGCGAGCUCUCUCACGAAUUCCGAAUCAUGACGACUCCAUUCAAGCCGGGGUGAUUUCUAGCGGAUACGGCGACACAGCCAAACUUUGGAGGAGGCGCUUUGGCGUCCCAUAUAGCAGCUCACGCUCAAAGUGCUCGACGGCAGACAACGAUCCUUUCCGUGUUCUGCAAGUAGAGAGGAACAAGAAAAACAAGGGCGAAGAUGAACACAACGAGGCAUUCACCGAUAUAACCCACGGUCCAGAAAAGUAUCACGCCUACUGGGGCGUUUCCUCUGGGAUACCACCAGGAUUCUACGGCGGCAAUCGCUUUGGUGCGUAUGGCGCAUGUGGAUCGGGCUGUGCCUCUUGUAGCGACCCAACGCCAGCCUCCAACUGGGGUCGGGGAAGAAGAAGGGCGGGUGGUGGCUCUUCACCUGGAGGAGCAGGCUUUCCAGGUGCAUACGCUGGUGGAUCCGCUUGUGGUACUGGAGGGGGAUGCGGAAAAGCAAUCGACGAGUGUACAAGAGUGUUGCGUGACCUAGAGUCGUCUGUUCCGAGUACUAUUGACAACCUCCGUCGCGUGCUCGAGGGCCACUACGACUCCGACGCGACGAACCAGGUCAAAUUUGACGAAGAAGCGGAGCCAACCGUCGCUGAGCCUUCAAAUUUUGAUAUUUCCGGGAUGCGUGCGACGUUUUUGGUGCUUCUUACAGAGUGCAGCAUGGGCAGACUCACUAACGAGAGUCGAGAAAGGUGGCGGGCCCUGACACAGACGAAUGACAGGGAGACCGACAAAACCGUUCUCAUUUAUUCAGUGCCGCCACCGUUAUUCCCGCCACCGGUCGGUUUACCCGCAGCCCCUGUGAGCAAGUUUCAUGCCCAAGGAGUGACUGGGUUCGAGCUCGUCAGCAAUCUCAAGCUUACUUGGCGCAUCUGCGUUGAGUGUCUUUACCUUAUUGGCGCUGCCGACAUGACUCGGCGUGUCGCAAGAAUAUACAACUAUUCAACGGAAACCGCAGCGAAGGAGUUGGCCAAACACACAAGGAUACACCAUAUGCGCGUUGACAAUCAGAAGUCUGGUUGCCAGAUUGUUCAGCACUUUCCUCUGCCAGAGGACGGUCCACUGUCGUCAGUGCGCCUGCUGUGUCCUGGUUGUCCUCGAUUGUUCCUCAGAAACGACAAGGGCGGACAUGCCGCUGGCUCAGGUCCUCUCGGACGCGGCUUUCGUGGCCUCGAAACCUCGGACAAUUCCGUGGAGGUAGGGAUCCUUGGGAUGGUCGCUUGCAAUCAAACGAAUUCCUCUGAGAACAUGAUGUGA